CAAAGCUACAUUUUCUGCAUACUCCAGUCUUCAGGGUCACAUGAUCCUCAGUGUUGAAAACAGCUUUAUAUUUUUGUGGAAACAGAGGAUUCUUUGAUGAAUAGAAAAUAUUUUGUUACACGUUAUACUUUGUUACUGUACGUUUCUGGUCAAUUUAAUGCACUCCAGUCUUGAUGAAUGAAAGAUUUAGUUUCUUUUUUAAAAUCUUACCCCAAACUUUUUAAUGACAGUGUAUGACAAUUAUUAACAUAACAAAUUUCAUUUCUAAAAUAAUAACUAGACGAUAUUACUACACGUGUAACAUAAUGAGGUCACGUGAAUAGCAUACUACAUAUCACUGCAAAUUCUGUGCAGUAUUCAGUAUGCUCUAUUUCAUUUUGAACACAACCUUGAUUUAAUUUGAGCCUGAACUGUUGUUGUCAACACUAGAGGGCAGACGGGGCAAAAAUAAAUGCAAUUAGCCUACUUCACACACUUUUUCUUUUUCUUUUUUUUUUUUUUAAAGAUGUAAAUAUGAGAAAAACAUCAGAUCACCGAGUCUCUGAUGAGAUACAGUACAUCUGCUCAUUGUAUUUUUACUGUUUUCUAACUGAAUGGUUUAUUCGUUUAGUUUUGGGACCUUGCAGAUCUGCGGUUGCGCGCGUGGGCGAGCUGGCCUGUUUUAAAUGCAGUGGGUGAUAAAUGAACCUUAUAGCCUACUGUAGUUGAUCAUCACUGCUCCAGGUCAGUUAUGUGUCUGUGCUAUUGAAUCAGUGUGGGUUAGAUGAGCUGAUCCCGGAUCUGUCCAAAAAAAAAAAAAAAGUGAAGAGGAAGAGUUCCGCAUGGAUAUCUGUGACUUAUCCAACAUCUGAUCUCUCCAAUCCAGUCUCUCUCUCUCUCUCUCCCACAUACACAGUUUUCUCUCAUCCUCUUCCACCUGUUCCGUUCUCACGCUCGCGCACUGAAGCCUCAGAGACUCAUUUUGACUAUUAUUGAUUGAUUAGAGUAUUUCGGAAGAAGAAUACGAAUCGGUUUAUCCGUGGGAACGCUUGAGGGAUGCGUGACUGACGGAAGCUGGGCUGGAGGAACGUCUCCUGACAAACUUAUUGGACUUAGUGUGAUGAAGAGAUUCAUUUUGUGGACGACACACUCGUGUAAAGAUCUGUUUUUCCAACACAAAUUGAAGUAAACAUCUUUUUUUUUUUUUACGCGGGAUUUAUUCAAACGAACGGAGUAUACACGGUUUUACGCACGGAACGCGUUUAGCGCUCAGAUAAAAGUGUUAUUUUAUUUGUUUUGUUUAGUUUUUAUUGUAUUUUGUUACUUUUUUAUAUAUAUUUUUUAAUAUGAAUAUAUAGUAUUUUUAUUUUUUAAAUUGAAUUAGUAAGAAAAUAUAUAUUAUUUCGCACCGUUUGGAUGUUAUUGUAUUUAGUUUACUCUCUUAAUAUCAAAUGACUCCUGCAGACUCAGCAUGUGGAAUAGUGCAUCCUUUAAAACUUGACAUCAUAUAGAGGAGCCUAUAUUCAUGUUGUGACUGAACACGACUGCAGUUGGAUAUGGCGAAUACUCUGGAGAGAGAGAUUCUGGAGCGGGAGCUCCGUCCACGGCUGUGUUAUUUGACUAAAGGAGAUCGUGGAUACGGGUUUCAUCUGCACGGCGAGCGCAACCGAGGAGCGCAAUACAUCCGCAAGAUCGAGCCGGGCUCCCCCGCUGACCUGUCCGGUCUCAGAUCCGGCGACCGGGUGGUGGAGGUGAACGGAGAGAACGUGGAGGGAGAGACGCAUCACCAGGUUGUUCAGAGGAUCCUGGAGGUAGAGCACCGCACCAGGCUGCUGGUGGUGGACCGGGUCACAGAAGAGUUCCUGAAGUUUCACGGUCUGCCAUGUACAGAGGAUAGGGCGAUUGAGAUGGGCUCUCUGUCUGCUCGCUCCUCUGCGGCGUCCUCUCCCCUCGCCUCCCCACGACACCCCGCCACGCCUCCCUAUAGCAGACAGAGCUCAGAGGGCAUUUUCAUCAAUAAGAGUCCCAGCAGCCCUGGAGGAGUGAUGAACGGCUCUCCGCUCUACAGAGCUCGUGCCCGUCUGGCGUCGCCCGUGCUCCGGUCUCCGACGUCCCCCUGUGAACCCAAGACUGAACCAGAGCCUGAACCAUUCACCGAACUCUUCACCGAACUCACCGUCGAAUCCAGCGUCACACCUGAAAUUGAACCCGUCUGUGACAUCACCUCUGACCUCAGCGCAACACAGACCAGCACACAGGAGGAGGCGUCAUCGGAGGUGGACGUGGUAAUGAAGGACCUGCGUCCGCGCCUGUGUCACAUGACCUUAGGCGAGCAGGGCUUCGGCUUCAACCUGCACUGCAAAAAGUCCCGCGCGGGUCAGUUCAUCCGCUCGGUGGACCCCGACUCUCCAGCGGAGCAUGCGGGACUGAGGCCGAAAGACCGGCUCAUCGAGGUGAACGACACAAGUAUUGAGGGUCUGCGUCACGCUGAGGUGGUGGAGUUGAUCCGGGCCGGCGGCAGGGAGACCCGUCUGCUGGUGGUCGAUCCGGAGACAGACGAGCUCUUUAAUCGUCUGGGAAUCGUGCCCACAUCUACUCAUCUGAAAGAGGACUGUGUAGACGGACCGAUCAUAGAGGGUCCCGAGAUGACAUGUCUGACCACAGACAGCCCUGCUUCACUCGUCCCAGAAGCCCCCAGGAUCUCUCCACCAAUCAUCAACAUCACACUGAAAGAUCCACCAAUCACAAACGGCUCUCCGAGACACCAGAGUCAGAGGAGCUCGUCUUCUCGAUCCACGUUAUCAGAGACGAGCGCUGAACUCAGCAGCUUUGACACCAGCAACAGGCUCACAGAUUCUGACCAUCAGUCCAGCGAUGAUGCCCGCAAACCGAACCGAGAUGCGAAAUCUGAGGAGCGGCGGCUAGAUCCCUUCUGGGAGAGCGGUCUGGAUCUGAGUCUGACCGCAGCGGAGGCCAAGCAGAAAGCCCGGGCCAAACGGGCCAAUAAGAGAGCGCCCCCUAUGGACUGGAGCAAGAAACAGCAAAUCUUCAGCAACUUCUGAGGAGCGCAAACACUUCUGAAAGUUCAAACGCCACCAACACACAGACCAGACCAAAGACAUGCACCUUAGACCAGAUUAGAUCAACCUCCUGAAAUGAGUGAGAUUGUUCAUCUUUAUGAAAGGAUGAGAGAAAAGGUUUGCAUUUGGAUGUGCAGAUCUGAAUGUAUGUUUUGAACGGAAAUCAACAGGUUCAUUCCUGAUGAUCUCAUGCUCUGUGUUUAACUGCGCUAAACUUGGCAUUUUGAUGCUAGUAAGUGUUUAACAUUUAGCCAGUUUAUUUCAGAUAAUAAUGCAACUCAGACUGCAAUUCUGCCCGACAGCAGGAGGAAAUGAGGAAGGAAUGGAAGGAGAAAACGUAGUCAGAAACUGUAAGAAGGAAUGUGAAUGUGCAGCAAUGUGAAAAGAAAGUGUCAUUGCGAUAGUGAAAGUGAACACAAGAUGGACUCUGUGGACUGAACAUCGAGCUAGGAAGUCAAAGGUUGCAGGUUCAAACCAAAGACAAGUCAUUUCACUCGGCGGCCAUUUUUGAAACGCCUCUCGGGCAUUCAAGUGCAUCUCUUUGAAUGAGGAAACAUCAAAUUCAGAAAUUCAGUUAAAUUUCAUUUAAUUUCAUUCACCAAUGAAAUCUGACAUCAACUGUCUCAUACAUUUUGUUUCUAAAUGCUCGAAUCAUGACAAAAAAUGGUAUUUUCCAGGCUGGAUCAACCUAAUGCGCAUGCGCAGACCUAAAUGCGCGUCUUUUGUGUCUCACUUCGGAGGCGCGCCUGACUGUUUCUAUAGGAACCGGAGCUUCUAACGGCCGCUGCAGUGACGCGAUAACUUUACUAAUCGGCGAUUGGCUCUUAUCAAAGAGCUUAGAACCCAAGAGGCGACACUCUGAUACUUUUUGG